GUCAAGUUGUGUCUGAAACAAUAGUGAAACUGAUUAGUGAAGACUUUUGUGGCCGUGUUUAAUAUUUUUAUAUAAUUAAAUCACCAAGACGUACGAUUACAAUCUUAAUCUCCAAAGUCUUUGUUCAUAGUUUCCUCCUCUCAUUCUCUCUAUGGCUUCUUCAUCUUCUUCUCGAAACUGGUUAUAUGAUGUUUUCUUGAGCUUCAGAGGGGGAGACGUCCGCGUAACAUUCCGUAGCCACUUUCUCAAAGAGCUUGAUCGGAAACUGAUCACUGCAUUCAGAGACAAUGAGAUCGAGAGAAGCCACUCUCUCUGGCCCGAUCUUGAACAAGCCAUCAAGGAUUCCAGAAUCGCAGUGGUCAUUUUCUCCAAAAACUACGCUUCAUCGAGCUGGUGUCUUAACGAGUUGCUGGAGAUUGUGAAUUGCAAUGAUAAAAUUGUCAUACCAGUUUUCUACGGAGUGGAUCCUUCCCAAGUGAGGCAUCAAAUCGGUGACUUUGGAAAGAUCUUUGAAAAGACUUGCAAGAGACAAACAGAGCAAGUGAAAAACCAAUGGAAGAAAGCGUUGACUGAUGUAGCUAAUAUGCUUGGAUUUGAUUCUGCGACAUGGGAUGACGAAGCAAAAAUGAUUGAAGAAAUAGCCAAUGAUGUUUUGGCUAAACUGCUUUUAACUACACCCAAGGACUUUGAAAAUUUUGUUGGCAUCGAAGAUCAUAUUGCAAAUAUGAGUGUAUUGUUGAAAUUGGAAGCUGAGGAAGUGAGAAUGGUUGGUAUAUGGGGUUCCUCGGGGAUUGGUAAGACUACCAUUGCAAGAGCUCUGUUUAACCAACUUUCUCGGCAUUUCCCAGUUAGCAAAUUCAUAGACAGAGCUUUUGUAUAUAAGAGUAGAGAAAUUUUUAGUAGAGCCAAUCCGGACGACCACAACAUGAAGUUACAUUUACAAGAGAAACUCCUCUCUGAAAUUCUGAGGAUGCCAGACAUAAAGAUCGACCACCUAGGUGUACUAGGAGAGAGGCUACAACACCAAAAAGUUCUUAUUAUCGUUGAUGAUUUGGAUGACCAAGUGAUCUUAGAUUCAUUGGUGGGUCAAACUCAAUGGUUUGGAAGUGGGAGCAGAAUCAUUGCGGUUACAAAUAAUAAGCAUUUCUUAAGGGCUCAUGAGAUUGAUCAUAUUUAUGAAGUUAGUCUCCCAACUCAGCAACACGCUCUUGCAAUGUUAUGUCAAUCUGCUUUUAGGAAAAAAUCUCCACCAGAAGGUUUUGAGAUGCUUGUAGUUCAAGUUGCAAGACAUGUGGAUAGUCUUCCUUUGGGUCUUAAUGUUUUGGGUUCAUAUUUGAGGGGCCGGGAUAAGGAGUACUGGAUGGAAAUGCUGCCAAGGCUUGAGAAUGGUCUACACGAUAAAAUUGAGAAAAUACUAAGAAUCAGCUAUGAUGGUUUAGGUAGCGAAGAGGAUAAAGCGAUAUUUCGUCAUAUCGCAUGUCUUUUCAAUCAUAUGGAAGUCACAACCAUCACGUCGUUGCUCACAGACUUGGGUAUUAAUAUUGGGCUAAAAAACCUAGUGGAUAAGUCCAUCAUUCAUGUCAGACGGGGUUGUGUGGAGAUGCACCGUAUGCUACAAGAAAUGGGCAGAAAAAUUGUUCGCACACAGUCCAUUGACAAGCCUGGGAAACGAGAAUUUCUGGUGGAUCCAAAUGAUAUUUCUGAUGUACUCAGUGAAGGCAUUGGUACUCAAAAGGUUUUAGGUAUAUCUUUAAAUACAGGUGAAAUUGAUGAGUUGUAUGUACAUGAGAGUGCUUUCAAAGGGAUGAGUAAUCUCCGUUUCUUAGAAAUUGAUUCGAAGAACUUUGGAAAAGCAGGUAGAUUGUACUUACCCGAAAGUUUGGACUAUUUACCCCCUAGACUCAAACUAUUGUGUUGGCCCAAUUUUCCUAUGAGAUGUAUGCCUUCUAAUUUUCGUCCUGAAAACCUUGUGACGCUCAAAAUGCCGAAUAGCAAGCUACAUAAGCUGUGGGAAGGAGUUGCGUCGCUUACAUGCCUAAAGGAAAUGGAUAUGGUUGGAUCAUCAAACCUGAAAGAAAUUCCAGAUCUUUCCAUGCCUACUAAUCUUGAGAUACUUAAACUUGGUUUUUGUAAGAGUUUGGUGGAGCUUCCUUCCUCUAUAAGAAAUCUCAAUAAACUAUUGAAAUUGGACAUGGAAUUCUGCCAUAGUCUGGAAAUUCUCCCAACCGGCUUCAACCUCAAAUCUCUCGACCACCUCAACUUCCGAUAUUGCUCGGAGUUGAGGACUUUUCCCGAAUUCUCAACCAACAUCUCCGUUCUCAUGCUUUUUGGAACAAACAUUGAAGAAUUCCCUAACCUCGAGAAUCUUGUUGAGCUUAGCUUAUCAAAAGAAGAGAGUGAUGGGAAACAAUGGGAUGGAGUGAAGCCGCUUACGCCCUUCUUGGAGAUGUUGUCUCCCACUUUGAAGAGCUUGAAGCUCGAGAAUAUUCCAAGUUUGGUGGAGCUUCCUUCCUCAUUUCAGAAUCUCAAUCAACUGAAGGAGUUGAGCAUCACAUACUGCAGAAAUCUGGAGACUCUUCCCACAGGAAUCAACCUCAAAUCUCUCAAUUACCUUUGUUUCAAAGGAUGCUCACAGUUGAGGAGCUUUCCUGAAAUCUCAACUAACAUCUCAGUUCUCAAUCUAGAAGAAACAGGGAUUGAAGAGGUUCCUUGGCAGAUCGAGAACUUCUUUAACCUCACUAAGCUAACUAUGAGGAGUUGCAGCAAGCUAAAAUGUUUAUCCCUAAACAUUCCUAAAAUGAAAACUCUGUGGGACGUUGACUUUUCAGAUUGUGCGGCGUUGACUGUAGUUAACUUAAGUGGCUAUCCAAGUGACACACUUUCCGAGGAGGAGGAUGAUAGUUUGGACCCCUUUCUCGAUUUCAGGGGCUGCUUCAGCUUGGAUCCAGAAACUGUCCUUCACCAAGAGUCAGUUAUUUUCAACUCCAUGGCAUUUCCAGGUGAACAAGUGCCAUCAUAUUUCACGUACCGUACUACUGGAACCUCCACCAUUCUCCCCAAUAUCCCUCUACUUCCAACACAACUCUCUCAACCAUUCUUCAGAUUUAGGGUUUGUGCGGUGGCAACCGCUUUCAAUAUAGUAUCCAUCCAGGUAAAUAGUCGGUUCACAGGCAGAUUUGGGAACAGCUUUGAUUUCUUUGGUGAGGGACAUGAACUCAUGGAAAUACGGAAGGGUGAUAUGUUGAUAUUUGACUGUCGUAUCCCUUUCAACGAAGAUAAUGCUCUUCUAGCUCGAGGGGACUACGAUCACGUGGAUAUGAAUAUUCAUAUAAGUGGAGAUUCAGAAUCUACGUUCGAAUUAAAAGGAUGGGGUAUACGCCUCUUAGAGGACUGUUCAUCAGUGGAGAACCGACUUGUUAAUCCAACACAUGCGUAUACACCUGUUCAAGGACUUGUUAAUGAGAUUGAACACAAUGAAGACUCUGGAGAUAACAAUGUAGAGACUAAGAGAAGCGCGAAGCGAAUGCGGAUUUGUUUUGUUUUUCAGAUCACGUAAAGACUCAAGAAACCUAUGACUUGCCCCUACCUCUAUACCUAGGACUGGGAGGAACACAUGAUGUCACUUUCAAUCUUUGAUCUUGAAUGUUGCAAUGAAUAGUUUUGCCGGUUAUAAUGGUACAACAAGAUCAAAGGAGGACAUGCAGCGACUGAUCUCUAGUAUCUCCCUAGCUAGAUAGACGUUUUCAGGUAACCCAAAACUCAUAAACCAUGUUUCCAACAGAUGUUGCCACCGACAAAAGAGUUGAUUUCAAUUGGUGAUUAUAUACGAUGCCCUUCAGUCUCUAUUUUGGUCUUAUGUGCUUAUAAAUUAAGUUGUUGGGUAUUUCAAGUUGUCAAGUCAGAUAAUGUAUUCAUGGUCAUUAACUUCCUGAAUAUUAUCUGAUUGUUUUAGGUUCAACUCAAGAUAAAAUUGUAUGAAAUCAGAUUGGUAUAUCCGUAUAUUUUAUAUAGGGCUUUCACUGAUUAGUGAACAUGUUUUUGAAUCCCAUGAAAGCAACAGGAACAAUGGAAGAAGAGGAAACAAAGCAAAGUACAUGUAUAUAGGUGUUAUUAGAUCUAUAAAUGUACAUUAUUAUUUUUGAAGAACUAUAUACAAAGUUUCUUACAUAAUCCAUUCCACAAAAAUUCGAGGAAGUCAAGUCAGGUUGGUAUAUGCCUCUGUUUCAGGCCCGUGAAGCCAUUUUUCGUUCUAUUGUGUAUAGAAGUAGCCAUGCUUAGCUAGUGGUGUUUUCUUAAUCUUUUGUAAAAUCGAUUUUAAGUACUUUAUCCAAUGAUAUUUUGAGGACUUUUGCGGAAUUAAAUAUCACAUAUCCAGGAUUUUAUUGAAUCAGUCUCCACUUGUAAUUUUAUACUCUAG